GGUUUUGUUUGCAAACUGUACAGUCGAUCUCAGCCACCAGACAGAUCUCAUCCUCAACGUCGUAGGCAACAACACGCAAGACCUUCAAGAUGUCCUCCGACCUCCAGUGGCUCCUUCUCCGCAACAACAAUGCCUUCAUCGUGAAGCGCGUUGAAGAGGGUCCUAUCUUCUCCAAGGAGCCUGGAAAUCUCACCAACCUCCACUCCUUCAAAUACUCGGGUCUUGCUAACUCCAAGACCAUCGACGUCCAGCAGACUCCUUCUGGUAUCCAAAUUGCGACCGCGAAGAAGGGUGCUUCUCCUCACGCAGUGAGCCCCGCAAAGGUUAUCACCACAAUCCGUAACCGAUCAGGACCCCGCCGUGCUGCUGGUGUCGCUGCUAAGCUCGCCAAGCGCGGCUACCGACCUGACCUCCGACAGGCUGCUAUUGCCCGUGUUUCUGCCCUUGCCGCCACCCAAAAGGAGAAGAAACCUUCACCACCAAAGAAGCUUCGGGGGAAGAAGGCUCUCGCUAUUGCUGCUGCUCUCGAUUAGGUAUUCAUUGUAUUGGGAUCGUCAUGUAUUUUCUUUCGCUCUCGCAUCUAGCAUUACUGCCCCACAUGUCGUUAUGCCCGCCUCACGGAGAAUAUAUGCGCUCCAGGUUCCACAUUCUC